AUGCUCCUGUACUAUAACAAGAGCUUUCUGGGUUUGCUGCUGGAGCGCCGCGGCAGCGUUUUCUACAGACCUGGCUCGCUGACGCUUGGCCUGAAGAAGUGGGAAGACAAUGAGUCCAGGUUUGUAGGGAUCUUCUUGUCUGCGCUCGGCGGGGCGCUUCAGUACUGGCGAGACGUGGACGAUGAUGCCCCUGAACUCUUUCAUCACUAUGGAUUCCAGGCAGUUGGUGCAGGAGUCACCUUUGCAAUCGUGUUCCGCACUCAGCUGGCAUGGACCAGAUACUGGGAAGCGGUGACGCAGCUCCAUUUCAUGUACAGCAAGUGGGCCGACGCGUUCUCGCAGUUUCAGGCCUUUGCAGAAGUCACGAAGAAAGCCGCCAACGACAAGGGCGAUGCAGUGAAAGCAGACAGGAUUCGGCAAAAGCAGAAGAGGCUCAAGGUGAACUAUGCUCUGCUCAGUGCUUUCGCAGCCGACCGACUGACCACUGGAGACAACCAGCGCAUGGAAGAAGUGACCGUCAGCAGGGCGAGGACGCGGGCGACCAUGCGGGUGGACAAGGAGAUGAAGAACUUUGCGAUGCCCUCAAUGGUCGAGCGACAGGACCACGACCGGAACAAGACGGACGAGGGGCUCUACGUCGUCUUUGCCAGACCUUCGGAUGACCAGAUCCGGCUUCUGGCCCGGAGCUUUGACGUCGUGGCCACAGUCAUGUACUGGAUUAUUUGGGACCUGGCGGAUGCCAUGAAAGACAUCGACAUUGCACCGCCAAUCCAGUCCCGAAUGUACCAGGAGCUCUCCAACGGCAUGCUGGGCUUCAACAACUGCCUCAAGAUAGCCGAUGUUCCCUUCCCGCUGCCCUUUGCGCAGCUGCUGGGAAUGUUGCUGGUGGCGUUUUCAGUGUUCAUCCCGGUCUAUGUCAUCGUCUUUACGCGCUCGGCCGUCGCAGGGCCCAUCCUGUGCUUUCUGCUCUUCGAAAGCUUGUGGUGCCUGAACGAGGUGGCAAAAGAACUCGAAAAUCCGUUUGGGCACGACUCGAAUGACAUCACAUUAUCCGACUUUCACCUGGAUUUUGUGGACUCACUGGACGACGUUAGCAUGCCAGAUCAGCAGAUUUUCCUGCACAAGCCCAUCGUCCUCCCAGAAGAAUCCACACCCAAUUGCCGCUUGGCGAUGACAUCGGGUGCCUGGCUGUCGUGCCCGCUGAGUUGCUGGGUUGCGGAUGUCAAUGCUUUGCCUGAGGUUCUGACGAAGUACCAUCUGAAGGGCCGAAGUGACGCACUCGCAGCACGCCUGCCCCUCAAUCACAGAUUCCCCAGAAUAGCUGACUUCCAGGCCCUUCUCUCAUAUGAGAGACUUGGGCGUCUCACCAUAUGCCUCCCCCUGGGAAUGCGCAGCACCAGUCUACUACCACAAAUGUCGAUGCAUGCAUUGGUCUGGAGAGUAGUCCCUGGGCGCGUGGCAGAAUGCGCGAAAUCAAUGAAGUCGCCAUUCGCCAAUGCCCACGGACACCUGGGAAUGUUGCUGCCAUGUGUGUGUGUGUACUAUGCAAGGGGAUGA